CGCUCAGUCUGAAGAACGCACAGGUCCGCUUUGGUUCACGCUCGAUAAAGACGGCAGGCGAGAACAACAUCCGGGGAUUUGGACCAUUCUCGGUCAGGUGUUCUUGCCAGAACGCUCAGAAGCAUCAAACAAGUCAUGGCUUACAGACGUUUUGAAGGAAAGGAGCAUGCCGCUUGCUACUGGAGGUACAGGAUCGCUCCAUCGGAGCUCCUGAUCCAAAAGGUUCUGGACUUCCUACAAAAGCAUCGGGGUGGCCCCUUCCAGCUGGCUGUGGAUGUGGGCUGUGGCUCAGGACAAGGAACGCUGCUGCUGUCCAAACACUUUGCUUCGGUUGUGGGGACAGACGUGAGUCCUGCUCAGCUGGAAGUGGCUUUACAGCAAGCCAAAGAGCCAGGAAUCACCUACAGAGAAUGUGCGGCCGAGGACCUGCCCUUCGCUGACAGCUCAGCGGACCUGGUGACGGCCAUGACCGCGUUCCACUGGUUUGACAGGCCACGCUUUCUGCAGGAGGCCCACCGGGUCCUGAAGCCCCAGGGCUGCCUGGCUCUGCUCAGCUACACGAUUGACAUGGAGCUCAGCUACCCGGGCUGCUGCGAACACACACUCAACCAAGUUUGCAAGGAGUUUUAUGCAGCCUUGCAGCCUUACAGGAGUCCCCACCUGGGUAAAAGCUCCAUCAAGCUUUAUAAGGAGGCGUAUGACUCUCUCCCCUAUCCCAACAAGGACUGGCAGGAGUGUUUUUGGGAUAGAAGGAUUAUGCCGCUGUCCAGCUACAUGGGAUUGGUGCAGUCUUUCUCCAGUUAUCAGGCUCUGCUGAGAAAAGAUCCGGAUGAGGCAAACCGACUCUCCCAAGAUAUCUGUGAGAGGCUGAUGUCUGUAAUGAAAGUGACCUCUGCAGAGACAGAAGUGACAGUGGCUGUCAAGUAUUUCUACCUUCUGGCCUGCAAACCCCAAGAAACCUGACUUCUGACAGCUCUGCCCUUUUUAACAAAGUCAGGAAAGGUCGCAUCAGCUUCUACUUAUCAAUUAUUCUCUGCGGAGAGAAAAGAAUCUCAACACAUGUCAGAAAUAACUCUUUGACCUUUGGGGAAAUUAUCAUAUUAUUAUAAUUAUCUUUUUGUGCUAAAAUGUACACAAGCUGUUAGCCUCUUCGUGUCUCUAAUCAACUCGGUAGGGAACAUAAUGCUUCGUUUGAGAAUAAUAAAAAAAAAUAUUUUCUUUUUAGUUUCACAUAUCGCCACUAGAGGGCGAUAAUCGAUCAAAUGUUCAGUUUAUUAACUGAGUACAUGAUUCAUUUUGGUUACGUUGCUGUCCUCAACUUUGAGGGAGGCUGAAAGUAAAAAAUGUGAAAUUGUGUCGUGUAUUAUUUUUAUGAGACCCUUUCUGAGAGGUUCUGUCAUCUUUCCUACAGAAAGUAUCUGAUUAUUCUGAUUAGUAAUUCAUGUCAUUUUCACGUUUCAGACAUUAAUGUGAAUGUAAGCAACACUCACUAUGAUUGCAGCCAGCCUGAGUACAAUAACCUGAAAAUGUAUAAUAAUAAAUAAAACUGUAAAUACUGUUAAAAACAAUGUCCCUAAUAAAGGUAUGAAGAACAAAUUAUUGUGCACAAGCCAGAUUUUUUUUAGAUGUCCUUUUAACUUUUUUAAAGCUUUUUCCACCUUUCAACUGAAGAAUAAAUAUGUAAUUUUUGGUUCUACCUGGUUAAAAAAAGAAAGAGUUAAAGUGGGUAAAAAAAUAGAAAUAAUUCUGUCUCUUUUGUGUGGUAAUUUAUUUCCCCAUGCAGUUUUCUAAAACUUUCAUUUUCUCCUUGUGGAGCAAUUCAUUUUCUAGAUUUUGAUGUAUGUCUGGACAUAUUGUGAAGCUGAAAAAUAAAACUCUUCAUCUUU